AUGCAUAAAUAUAACACGCCAAAAUGCAAUGGCCAGGUUUUUAGUUUCGAUAUUAUAGACGAAGAGGGUUGUGAAAUUAGAAUCACUUCCUUUGACAAAAUUGCAGAUUUGCACUAUCAUCGAAUUGAACAAGGAGCUUCAUAUGUUAUGUCCAAAGGUACAAUGAAAGAUGCAAACAAGGUAUACAAUAAGCUUAACAGCCACCUUGAGAUUAUCUUGACUAAAACUUCAGUUUUGAAGUGCUCUACCCCUGAUGCUAUUGAGCUUGAAAAAAAAACAUGCUUCAAGCCUAUUAAUGAACUUCUCACCACUACCAACAAUACUUUGGGUGAUGUUAUUGGUGUUGUUGUCAAUGUCAGAGAGAUCUCUAUGAUUCGUAGAAAGGAUGGCUCUACUAUAAACAAGAGAAUAGUAAAAAUAAAUGAUAUGUCAACUUUGACAAUAGAUGUUAACCUUUGGGGCCCGCCAUCAGAACAACUAGGUAGUGACUUGAAGAAUAUGCAUACAUCUGGAACAUUUGUCAUCCUUGCUGUUCAAAAUGCAAGGAUGAAACUGCAAGAUCAUACAGGCACUAUUUGGGCUAAUGCAUUUGACGAGGUUGGCACAGAACUCUUAUCUCUGUCUGCAAAGGAACUAUACAUGUUACAAUAUGACUUGACAAUAGAAAAAACACCUCGCAACAUACUUAAGAAAGCUAUGUUCAAACACUAUAGCUUUACAGCUUUGGUGUCUACUGACACAUACAAAUCUGAGCGCAAAAUCAAAGUCACAAUCAACAAGGUGCAAAGACUCAAUUUCAAAGCUGAUUUCACCUGCCUACUUGUAGAGAUUGCCCGAAUGCGUGCAGCUGCAUGA